AUGGAGAAGAUGAGUGUAGAAACCAUAAAACCUUCUUCGGCAACUCCACAAUCUCUCCGUACUCUCCACCUUUCCACUGUUGAUUACAGGAUGCAGUCAGUGUACACAUACGCAUGUCUUUUCUACACCAACGAUCCCUCAAUCCCGCCAGAAGAAACCACCCAUAAACUGAAGAAUUCUCUCUCCCAAACCUUAACCAGCUUCUACCCUUUUGCCGGAAGAAUUAACGGUCUCGCUGUCGACUGUAACGACGAAGGAGCCAUAUUCAUCGAAGCCACUCUCGGCAACUCUACACUUUCUGCCUUUCUCAACUCCCCCGCCCCAGAUUCAAAUGAGAUUCAACAAACUCUGCUUCCUCUCCACCAUGUCCCUAAAACAAGCGAGGGCUCUAUAACGUGGCCUCUUCUGCUCGUGAAGGCGAGUUACUUCCAAUGUGGAGGCAUGUCCCUCGGGAUCUGCAUGUCCCAUAAGCUCGCAGACGCAGCCUCCUUGUCAGCCUUCAUACGGGCCUGGGCUGCGACCGCUCGAGGAGAGGACGGCACGGUGGGCAAACCUGAGUUCGCGGGGAUAAACGUAUACCCACCACCCCCACUUCAUGACGCCUUCAAAGUUGCUGAGAUACACAAACCUAAAAUAACAGGUGUGACUAAGAGAUUCGUUUUCAGUGGGUCAAAGAUAGAUGAGCUCAAGGCCAAAGUCGCACAACCACGGCCUACUCGGGUCCAGUGCGUCACUGCUCUUCUAUGGAGAUGUGUCUGUGCUGCUGCUGCAUCCGAGACAACAACGUCUACGAAAGUGCUGUUUCAACCUGCUAACUUGCGCACUAAGAUACCUUCUUUACUGUCGGAGAACCUAAUAGGAAAUCUCAUCCACACUAGCAUGACUUCAAGUCGAAAAGGCGAGGAGAUCGAUAUUCAAGAAACGGUUAAGGAGUUACGGAAACGGGGGGAGGAGUUGACCAGUCUUGUUCAAGAAAAUGAUGGGUCCACCACCACGGCGCUCGGUUCUAAAUUGUUAGUUAAAAUGUUUAAUGAUUACUCCAAGUUAAGCAAUGAGCCUGGCGACUCGAUGUACGCGGUGACUAGCUGGUGCAGGAUGCCGUUUUAUGAGGCUAAUUUUGGAAAGGGAUGUCCUGUUUGGGUCGUCGGAAACGUGGCUCCUCGACUCGAAUUGGUGACGAUGCUCUUAGAUUCCAAUGACUUUAAAGGGAUCGAAGCGUGGGUGACACUUUCUGAAGAAGACAUGCUUUCAUUCGAACAAAACCCAGAACUGCUUGCCUUUGCUUCUCCCAAUCCUGCUGUCAUUUUCUAA